AUGUACUCUGCAUUCCUAUUCCUACAACUCAGUUGUACGGGCAAUAGCUCUGUACGUCCUUGUUGGGCAACACAGCAUGCUAAUUGCACAGCUCUCAGCAGAACCUUUGCCUCCUCUCGCGCCAUCUGCGUCGAUCCGUCCUUAUACAGUGACUUGACUUGUCGCAAAGGUAUGCUGAGCCGAUCGAUGGACUCUCCAUCAUCAGUUGCAGCCGACUGACAUUCAGAAGCUUUGGUUGCAAAGCUCCAAAUUGUAAUCCCACCCACCGUCCCUAUUCACCGGGUUUGUUGUUUAUUUCACUUGCUGAGAUUCAGACGUUUUCAUCGUAGUUCUUGUUGAACUUUUUGUACACACCAAUGUUGUCCUUCGUCUUGCUGCAACUCGAACCACCAUUCCGCUACGACUCGCGCGAGUGGUUAGGGUUGUCGAACUGCGUUACCGGCUGUUACCGGCCGGGGCCGUGCGGUCUCGGGCGACUUUUCAACCUCGGGACAGGGCUCAGCGCUUAG